UACUGUCAAACGUAAUUCGAAGUGUUUAUUUUUAGUUAAUUUAAUGACUAUGCCAAAAAGUACUACUGAUGAUUAUACAAGGACUAGUGACAAACCGAGGAGCACCAGCCGAAGUACCACAGCGUUGCAGGUGCCCUUACACUUUGCCAUCCACAAGCCGGGAUGCCACUUCGAGAGCUGCUGCGGCGUCUGCAACCUUUUCCCCGGGGUCCUGCUGAUAGCAUUCUCCCAAGUCCUCGUCGGCUCCAUCCUGCUAACUCUGAUCCUCACGCACGGACCCCAGUAUGAUGACAUGCAUAAAACUCCGACAACGCAAUUCAUCAGCGCAGCUACUGGUAUCGUGUUAAGUGGUGUUACCGGUGCUGGAGCUCUACUUAUAAUUGUGGCCUUGACAGAGAACUGCCGAGCGAUGCUGGUGUAUCUUCUAGUGGCAACUAUAGUAUGGUUGGGACUGGUCUCGUUAGCGGUGACGAAAAUCGGACGAGCCUGCGUCAGAUUCAAAGAUGCUCCAAAAAUAAAAGACGAACAACAUCGCCUAGCUAAUUUGGCGUGUGUCAGUGGACUACUCACAUUCCUAGGAGCAUUACUAUAUUUCUUCUCCAUUGUGGUGGUGUUCAGUUUCUACCACUUCAGAUACGUUCGUCGAGCGAUUCUUCUCCACGAGAACGAAUGCGAGUAAAUUCUUCCUCGACUUUCGAACCUCGGUGUACCGAAAAGCUCUCUAAAUUAAUUAAAUUAAAUGGGAUUUUUAUAA